AUGGAAUUUAAAGCAAAAUAUUUUGACAAGCAACUGCCUUGUAUCAUCAAGAAUGCCGCAACAGAAUGGACUGCCUAUAAAAAUUGGAGAAACAUUGACCAUCUGUUACAGAAAGCAGCGUAUCGGGUGGUUCCUGUUGAAGUUGGUGAAUUUUAUACCUCUGAAGAUUGGUCACAACGCUUAAUGCCAUUUCAUGAAUAUGUGAAAACCUAUGUCUUGCAGAUGGAUCAAGAAGAAUCCGCCAACACUGUCAACAAUAGAAAUAUUGGAUAUCUUGCACAACAUCCGCUCUUUGAACAAAUUAAUGUAUUGAGGAAAGAUAUUCAAGAACCCAUCUAUUGCAUGUUGGGUGAAAAUGGUGAAGUCACGUCAGUCAAUGCAUGGUUUGGCCCAUGCAACACAAUUUCACCGCUCCAUACAGAUCCCUAUGACAACAUACUGGUACAAGUAUGCGGUCACAAGUACGUUCGAAUUUAUCAUCCUGAUACAACUCCAAACCUUUACAAACGCAAAACUGGACUCCUGCAAUCGAAUACAAGCGAAAUUGAAAAUCUAUUCGUGUUGCGUGGGCAAGAGGAGGAAAGAAAGCGAUUGAUGGAAAUGUACCCAUUGUUGUCUGAGGCUGAAAAUCACUGUUGGGAAUGUAUAUUAAGUGAAGGUGACAUGCUAUUCAUACCUAAACUCUAUUGGCACUACAUUCAAUCGUUGUCCAUAAGUUUUUCAAUAAGUUACUGGUUUAUGUGA